UUAAAAGGUGGGGUAGGGGUGAGAAAAAUAAGGUGAGUGAAACCUGUAAGGGGACGGAUGAAGUAAAGAGCUGGGAAGUUGAUUAGUGAUAGAGACAGGAGGCCAUGGAAGAAAGAAAAGGGGGGAGGAGCACCAGAGGGAGAUGGUGGGUGGGCAAGAUGAUGGGAAAUGGUGAAGGGGGGGACAGUGGGAGGCAUUACCAGAAAUGCGAGAGUUCGAUGUUCAUGCCCUCAGGUUGGAAUCUACCCAGAUGGAAUGUAAGGUGUUGUUCCUCCAACAAAUGUAUGGCCACAUCGCAUUGUAUGAUAUUGUUUAAAAAGUUAAAAAGAAUUCAAUUGUGAGGAUGAAUCUGAAAGAACUUAUAUACACUUACACAUGAGAGACUGGGAGACACAGUGCUAAGUAUCAACUCCCACACUGUACUUGAGACUGACAGAGACAGAAUGAACCCCACACUCUCACACUGUAUCAGAGACUGACGAGUGCAGGAUGAACCCCACACUCUCACACUGUACCAGAGACUGACGGGUACAGGAUGAACCCCACACUCUCACACUGUACCGGAGACUGACGGGUACAGGAUGAACCCCACACUCUCACACUGUACCAGAGACUGACAGGUACAGAAUGAACCCCACACGCUCACGCUGUACAAGUACAGACAUUACGUACUUUAACAAACCUGAACAACGCUCCUCUCCACCUCAAGACAGCACCACUUUGAUCAAUUUACACUGCAAUGGACUGUCUUGAGAUUCAAGUUCUCUUCUCUUUUUACAAUUUUGUACAGCAAGUUUAGUUCUUGUGAGCGCUGUAUCGUGGAUACUAUGUGUUUAUGAUGCUGCUGCAGUAAAUUUAUCUUUCACCUGGUCCAUUUGACCUUCGGUCUCCUGCUGUCCUGUUUCAUUACAGAAAAGUCUCAUAUUAUCAACUGUGUGUUUUUCUCAUUCCAUCUGCUUUUCUAGCAGAUACUAUGGGCCAGAUGGCCGAAUACUGCCGCUGUAGUUGGUCCAUUUUGUACUUUAGAUUUCCUUCCUGCCGAAUUACCCGGCAGCGGCAACUCACCAGAUCAGCGACAGAUCCCUGUCCACCGUGUUACCCAAACCGAACACUGGGUAGUGGAGACGGAGUUCUGAUUGGUUAAACGAAUUUCUUCAGUUAUCCAAUCAACUGAUUUUUCUGCAGGAAUCGUUGCUUCAAAUAGCCAUUGAGAAUCCAAGGCAUCCCAUCCCUCAUUUGCAUACACCUCUGGGCGCUGCCUAUUUAAUUCGUGCUCCGAGCCAAUUUUACUGAUUUCUGCUUCUGAAGCGGUCAGCUGGAAUGCCUGAGACAGCGAAACCCGCUCCGAAGAAGGGCGCCAAGAAAGCUCUGCCCAAACCAGCGGGCAAGGCAGGGAAGAAGCGCAAGAGGCUGAGGAAGGAGAGUUACUCCAUCUACAUCUACAAAGUGAUGAAGCAGGUUCACCCCGACACCGGCAUCUCCUCCAAGGCCAUGAGCAUCAUGAACUCAUUCGUCAACGAUAUCUUCGAGCGCAUCGGGGGCGAGGCUUCCCGCCUGGCCCAUUACAACAAGCGGUCAACCAUCACCUCACGGGAGAUCCAGACCGCCGUGCGCCUGCUGCUGCCCGGGGAGCUGGCCAAGCACGCCGUGUCCGAAGGGACAAAGGCGGUGACCAAGUACACCAGCUCCAAGUAAAGCUCCCCAGUGCGAUGAUCGAAAACACAACGGCUCUUUUAAGAGCCACUCACGAUUUCACUGAGAGAGUUGUACAAGUAUUUAGACAAUACAUGGCGCAUAUUUUAUGUGUGGUGACUUUUACAAGAGCUAAAGAGCGGUUGGAAUGUCCGAUUCAUCUUCCCCGUAUAAUCCCGGUGUUUAACAUUCCUAAAACGGAAUUGUUACCUCCCCAUCCCCAUCAGUCCGUCCCUGCCGGUUUACAUGUCGAGCGGAGGAUUGCUGCCGUUGCUGUUUUAGCUGUGGGUUCAGGAGUUUAUUAGUUACAGUUGAGUAACUUCUCUGAAUCUCAUUUCAAUGCGAGGCCGGAACGACUACACGUUUCUUUCA